AUGGGGGAAUCAUUCCUCAAACUAAUAGGUGAUCUUGAAGCAUUGAAACGAGAUUACGGUGAUAAGGAACGAUUAGCACAUGUUUCAAUAGAACCGCUGAGUCCUACAAAGGAUGUCAUACGAGAAGAGUUUGCACAUGUUCAAUUGAAAAAUAUAAAACGGUUAGCAACCCUAGGUGUGGGAGGAUUUGGACGAGUAGAAUUAGUUUGUAUUAAUGGUGACAAAUCCCGGACGUUUGCUCUAAAAGCAUUAAAAAAGAAACAUAUCGUAGAUACCCGGCAACAAGAGCACAUUUUUGCGGAGCGAAAUAUUAUGAUGGAGACUAACUCUGAAUGGAUUGUGAAGUCAGUUUGGCAUACUUAA